GGUGCCGGCUUAUUCCGUGCUGCAGGUCACCUACUGACGUUCGGACAAGCUGUCUCAUAAAACUACCAUUUCUCCAGUAACGUCCAUGCUGUCAGCCACAUCUCUGCGUGUGCUGCGAGCACAAAUACCUCGACGCGUUCAAGGCCAGCGUUUUGCUUCACAUGGGCCGCCCCAGUACAACGAGCCCACCGGAUGGUUGUUCGGCGAAAAGCCUCUACCUCCCGGGCAGAAACGAGUAAAGGAAGACUGGGAAACGAUUUGGUAUGUCGGGAUGUUUGGCUCGAUGGCGAUGGCUACGGUGUUGCUGUACUAUAAACCCGACACCAGCAUACAGUCGUGGGCCUUGAAAGAGGCUAAGGAGAGAAUGGAGGCGAGAGGAGAGAAGUAUAAAUAUGAACCCAAUUCUUCCUAGGCGUCAUUACCGUGACUCCGAGGUCGUUGAACACUGGUCCUAUCGAUAUCCACAUUCUGGUGCCGCAAAGCAUCAUGUCGUAGACUAAUCUCGCUUUCACCCAAAUAUCAAAGGAUAUUUCUCAUCCG